CCAUUCAUGGCCUUCUGUCAAUCACCGGGUCCUGGCCAGUGAUUCCCUGCCAGCACCCGGCGAUCUCCAUGAAUUACCGAAGGGGGAGAGACCUGUGUAUAAACAACACAGAUCUCUCCCCUGUCAGCACCUGCACACUACUUUGUAUGGCUCUUCUAUGCAGAACCAGUGUAAAACACACACAGCACAACAACACAGAGCACACAGUUAACCCAUUGAUCACCCCACAUGUUAACCCCUUCCCGCCCAGUGCCAUUAUUAACAUGUCAGUGCUUUUUAUUAGCACUGAUCACUGUAUUAGUGUCACUGGGGAUGUCAGUGACAUCAAGUGCCAGUCCCAC